AUGGGGGACUUCAUUCAUGACCAUGAGGACUAUAUGGUGACAGUUCCCUUCUCGCAGCGUCCAGUCAUCAUUCUAGGUGUAGGAAUCAUUGGAUGUGCAGCUGCACGACAACUCCUCCUGAGCGGCUUUCAUGUUGUGGUUGUCGCUGAAUUCUUACCAGGAGAUCAGGACAUUUUCUAUGCCUCCGCUUGGGCCGGGGCAGCAUGGCACGCUGCAGGCGGCAUCAGCCAUGAGUAUCGUUGCCUGCAGGCUGUCACGCAUAGACAUUUGUCGAAAAUGGCUCAGGAAGAGGCCGAGUCAGGUGUUUGUCUUGUGAAUGCGCGAGAGUAUCUCGAGCAAGCCCCGUCUGAGAACUCGUCUCUCUGGGGCAAGAGCGUAGUAUCUAAUUUUCGUGAACUCAAACCGGGCGAAUAUCCUUCAAGCUUCAAUUGCGGCUGGUCCUACGACACUCUUGUGACGGAUCCUACUCGCCAUAUGCCGUAUCUCGGGAAACAGAUCACUGCGCUUGGCGGCCAGAUCAUUCGCAAGCGUGUGGAGUCCUUGCAGGAACUAUAUGAUAUGUUCCCCGAAUCAAGUGUCUUUAUCAACGCCAGCGGAUUGGGUAGCAGGACUCUUAAAGACGUGCAAGAUGAAAGGUGCUUUCCUGAACGAGGUCAGAACGUGUUCUACCGAACCGAUGAAUGUCGACAGAUGUACUUUCGCAAUGGGAAGGAAUACACCUAUGUUAUUCCGCGUCCAUUGUCUCAGGGGGUGGUGCUGGGGGGCGUCAGGCAACAGGAGAACCUUUCUCCAGAGGUCGGCAUGGACAUCGCUCGCGACGAAAUCGCGCGCGCCCACCGUCUCGCACCAGACAUUGUCCCUGAGAAUCCGCCCGAACAUUCACUCAGCUACAUUAUCGGUAUCAGACCCUCGAGACAAGGCGGAUUUCGCUUGGACUCAGAGCAGAUUGGUCGCAGGACGGUCCUUUCCGCGUACGGAUUUGGGGGAGGUGGUUACGCAUUCUCAUAUGGUGUGGCUGAUGCCUUGGUGAAGAUGGUUGAGACGGCCGAGUGCGAACACAUUCUCUAG